GCCUGUGAACGCAACGGCGAGCCCCAGUCCUCUCCAGCUUGCAGGAUAUAGCCUUGUCUUCUUCCCAUCUUGGAAAUAUGACCUCCUCGAACCCUGACCAGCGGCUGGAGCAUCUCCUCAGCGCCGUCGAGAGCGAGUUUCAAAAGGGCAGCGAGAAGGGAGACGUGUCGGAGAGGGAUAUUAAACUCACCCUGGAGGACGCCGAAUUGUGGAACAAGUUUAAAGAGCUGACCAACGAAAUGAUUGUCACCAAGACUGGGAGGAGGAUGUUUCCUGUUUUAAGAGCCAGCGUGUCUGGGUUGGACCCGAACGCGAUGUAUUCGGUGCUGCUGGAUUUCGUGGCCGCGGACAACAACCGCUGGAAGUACGUGAACGGGGAGUGGGUGCCCGGCGGCAAGCCGGAGCCCCAGAGCCCCAGCUGUGUUUACAUCCACCCGGACUCCCCCAACUUCGGGGCCCACUGGAUGAAGGCUCCGGUCUCCUUCAGCAAAGUCAAGCUCUCCAACAAACUCAACGGCGGCGGACAGAUCAUGCUGAAUUCUCUGCACAAAUACGAGCCGAGGAUACACAUCGUGAAAGUUGGAGGCAUCCAGAAGAUGAUCAGCAGCCAAUCGUUCCCUGAAACGCAGUUCAUUGCCGUCACUGCGUAUCAGAAUGAAGAGAUCACUGCUCUCAAGAUCAAGCACAACCCUUUUGCCAAGGCCUUCCUGGACGCCAAAGAAAGGAGUGACCAUAAAGAAGUCCCUGACCACAAUGCAGACAGCCAACAGUCUGGGUAUUCUCAACUGGGAGGUUGGUUCCUCCCCGGCCAGAGUCCCAUCUGCCCCAGCAGCAGCCCCCCCCAGUUCAGCGGCACGGCGGGCCACUCGUCCGGCUCCUACUGCGAGCGCUACUCCAGCCUGAGGAGCCACCGGGCGGCGCCCUACCCCGGCCACUACGCCCACCGGACCUCCAGCACAAACAACUACAUGGACAACACCUCAGGGACUCUGCCAUCUCAUGACAGCUGGUCCACCCUUCAGAUCCCUAACUCAACUGGCAUGGGAACUCUGUCACACACCACCAACUCCACAUCUAAUUCAAGUCAAUACCCCAGCCUGUGGUCGGUAGCCGGCACCACGCUCACCCCCUCAGGCUCAGCCUCAGGCUCCAUCCCCGGAGGUCUGACCUCCCAGUUCUUGAGGGGCUCUUCCUACACCGGCCUGACCUCCUCGCUACCAGUCUCCUCUCCAUCCUCCAUGUACGACCCCAGCCUGAGCGAGGUCGGGGUCGGGGACGCCCAGUUCGAGAGCUCCAUCGCCAGGCUCACGGCGACCUGGGCGCCCGUAGCUCAAAGUUACUGAAGCUUCGACUCUGAAUGGUGAAUGGAAACGUCCAGAGCAGUACUAAAGACUUUGAAGAGUACAGGUCCUGGAGGAGAGGCAGCGGUAUCGCAAGACCUGUAAGGAUGUUUGUGAAAGAGCUUAGAUCAUUCAUUCCAGAGUCUUGGAAACGACAGACUGAAGUGAGCCGACAGUCUGUAAUGACAGUCAGUUUCACUCCAAAACAAUCAGCCUUAGACUCCUUUUUAGCAGGGAAAACCAAACUGAGAGAAACACUCUGGAUUCACACUGUGAAUGACGACAGUAACGUGCAUGUCUAACAUUCUUCAAAGUGAUGUUGCCUUAACAUUUGAUGCUAUUUAAGAAAAAGAACAGUGUUAUUUCCUUUUGAGUGGAAUUUGAUGGCCACUUUACCUUCUCAUGGUGGAAACACAUCCUUGUGUCCAAUCUAUUGGUUCUGUUUCAUGGUUUUGCUAUCAGUUCCUCAACGUACGUUCGAAUUGUUUCUUUUUAGCUGCUUGGUCUGAACUCUUUGCUCUUAAAUCUCAACACGUCUGUUCUCCGUUUUGUCAACCCAAUUCACAGAUAUUUUGCUUUUAACUGAAAGAGACCAAAAAAAAGAAAAAAAUAGAGCUUCCGCUAAUAUGAAUGUGUGUAUAUAAUGUGUGUAUAUAGAGUAAGUUAACGCCUAAGUUUUGUUUGUUUUUGUUUUUGUUUU